AUGUUGACCUCUGUAGGUGCUGUCCAGUCAUGUGACAUCGAGGACAACUGGGUGGCCGUCAACGGGUCCUGCAUCAAGCACUUCCGGUCUCAGGUCACGUGGGCAGAGGCUGACUCCAACUGCCAGCGACAGAACAGCCAUCUGGUCAAGAUGGACACGCUAGACAAGGCGGACUACGUCUUCUAUGAGUCCGACUCAGCUGUUUCGUGGGUCGGGUUCAACUUUGAAGAUGACAUCUCCUUCAAGUGGUCAGAUGGGACAGCCCUGGGCGAGUAUGUCAACUGGCACUUUAUUGCACCCUACAGUAUCACUGGAUUAAAGGAGUGUGGUUUUAUCUACACUGGUGCCGCUUCAAAAUGUGAUGUGGGGUGGAGGGUGGUGGGGGACACGUGUGUCUACAUCAGUGGUGUCGUCUGCUCUCAGUCAGCAGCCGAGAGCAAGUGUCAGGCGUUCAAUGGUCAGCUAGCGGUCAUCAAUUCACAAGCCGCCUUUGAUGAUUUAGCCAGUAAGUCAGUGUCUGAUGCUUUAGCCAGUAUGUCAGUGUUUGAUGAUAUAGCCAGGAAGUCAGUGUUUGAUGAUUUAGCCACCAGUAAGUCAGUGUUUGAUGAUAUAGCCAGGAAGUCAGUGUUUGAUGAUUUAGCCAGUAAGUCAGUGUUUGAUGAUUUAGCCAGUAAGUCAGUGUUUGAUGAUUUAGCCAGUAAGUCAGUGUUUGAUGAUUUAGCCACCAGUAAGUCAGUGUUUGAUGAUUUAGCCAGUAAGUCAGUGUUUGAUGAUUUAGCCAGUAAGUCAGUGUUUGAUGAUUUAGCCAGUAAGUCAGUGUUUGAUGAUAUAGCCAGGAAGUCAGUGUUUGAUGAUUUAGCCAGUAAGUCAGUGUUUGAUGAUUUAGCCAGUAAGUCAGUGUUUGAUGAUUUAGCCACCUUUAUAAAAACUGGUUCCUUCUGGAUUGGUUUGAAGUAUUACAGGAGGAUUCGAGCUUAUCAGUGGGUCAAUGGAAGCCAGUUGGCCUCAGCUGAAUGGGGUGUGGGAGAACCCAAGGACCCAGACUUGCAGAGAUGCGUCGUCCUCUUCUUUGACGUAGCGCAGCCACGACCCGUCUGGAAGAGUAUAUCCUGUGGCUAUAACACCAAUGGUUUCUUGUGCCAGAAAAAUCAGAGUGAGCCAGAAUAUAUUGCUAUUGAUCCAGAGCCUUUUAGUGAGAAAUGUGGCCAGUCUUGGGUUGAAAGGUCAGGAACAGAUUUUUGUUACCAGUUUAGAGACCUGAGCACAACAUGGGAUGAAGCAGUGAUGAUUUGCAACAACCAGAAUGGGAGCUUAGCCAGUAUUACGUCACAGGAGGAACAGAGGUUCAUCAGUCUUAAUAUAGGCACUAGCAGUAUGGCCUUGUGGAUUGGCGCCACUGAGAAGUUUAAAGAGUACGGCUGGCAGUGGAUAGAUGGCGCUCCGUUUGUGUACGAGAACUGGGAGGAAGAGAUCAGCCACUAUGGCUGUCAACCGGAGUGGGUGCUCUACAAUAAAAAAUGCUACUUGAUCAAGGCAGAUUCGGUCACGUGGACGACAGCAGACAUCUUGUGCCAGAAAGAAAGUGGAAAUCUCGUUAGCAUCAACUCUGUCAAAGAGAACUUGUUUAUCUGGAGCAGUUUCCCAGGUGACAACUCACAGUACAAAUACUGGAUAGGCCUGGAGAAAAAAGAAAACGAAUAUGUGUAUCGCUGGGCAGAUAACUCUCUGGUCAACUUUACCAACUGGAAAUACAAGGCCCACAGAACGUACAAUAAACUUCACUUGUGUGUGGUGAUCAAUGAAGAGGACAGCUUUGGUUAUGGCCUCUACUGUUUUACCGUGUUUGAUGACCCAAAGACAUGGACCGGUGCCAUGGACUUCUGUCAGUCCAUUCAAGGCCAUUUGGCCGUUAUACCUGACAGGAAAACUAACGCCUUCAUCGUGUCACAACUGACCAAGAUAAACAAAAUCUACUGGAUCGGACUUCAAAUGUCUAAUGAAACCAUUCGUUGGGUGGAUGGCGAUCCAGUCACAGAGUUCCCCGUCAAUGUUGUUUACAAUGCUAGUUUGAGCAACAAUGGCUGCUUCAUCAUGAAGUACGAGCUGAGAAAACCGGUCUGGGUGAGCGUCAGCUGCCAGAGAAAACACAUUUUUCUAUGUCAGACACCCCGUGGAGGUUUCGUUAAGCCGGAGAUUCCAGCUCCAGCACCAGAGGCCCUGUGUCCGGCAAGCUGGUGGCUGUUUGAGGACCGCUGCUAUCUGGUGAGGCUAGGGCUGGGGUUGGGGGUGGGGGCUGAGGGCUGA